AUGGCUUCUCCAACUAAACGCAAGUCUCCCGACGCAGACCACGACGCGUACCCUAGCGACGAUGCCAGAACACCCACCGAUGCUCCUCCUCACAAGAAGCUGCGGAUAACUCGAAGCCAGAAGCAGGCCCUAAUGGAUAAUCUGCAACUAGAGAUCACAGAACGAGCUCGCAAGCUUCGCGCACAAUACGCUCUCCAGGCACAUGAUCUGCGGUCUCGAAUCGAAAGGCGCAUUAACCGUAUUCCCAUCGCACUUCGAAAGGCCAAAAUGGGUGAAUUACUUGAGAAGCACAAUAACUCUCUCCGAAUGCAACAGACCGCCCUGUCCCCCAAGAAGCACGCCAGUCCCGGCAAAGGAACGCGGAAUCUCACGUCUGCCUCAGUCAAACGCGGAAAACAAAGUGUCUCUACUGCAAGCCCAAGCACGCGUAGAGUAAAAAGGCAAAGUCACGAGGGACUCUAUUCGGACAAGGAAAACGCGCCUGCUGCAGGUGACUCCCUUGACGUGCUCAAAAAUCCCAAGAGGCGUGCCAACCCGGCCGGCACUUCACGCGUCGUUUCCCAGGAGGUCCGAGGCGCAGAUUACCGGAUCCUCUCUCCAAAAUCUCUGAACUCCAGAACGUAUCCGCAAUCACCGUUCCGUGCCUCUCCCGAGAAGCCUCAUAACUCAUCGUAUCUCUCUCGUCCCAUGUCGCCCUUGAAACCAUCCAGUCCCCUCAAAUCGACGUCAGCCAGUGCAGCAGGGAACGCGGAUAAUGCACGGUCGCGGACCACGAAAGCUAAUACAACUACUACAAGGGACAUGAGGCCACCGUCUCAAGCUAAGAGACCCGCCAGCCGAGCUGCCACGACAACAAAGAAUGUCCGAUCUCCCUUCUCCCGCCCUGCCACCCAACUCGACCGCAGAGGGAGCAUCUCUUCCACCGCUUCCUCGGGUACCACAGUGAUCAAGCCAGGCAGAGCAGGAACGGGUACUAGGAAAGCAACCACUGCAUCUUCUGCCAGUGCUCCCGUUAAGAGGACAACGGUCGCCCGCAACCAAGCGCCUUCCGUGGCCGCCAAAAGAAGCACCGCUUCUGCGACGAGAAAGGCCACUGCUCCCGCAGGAGGUGAAGCGUCAGCCACGGGACGCCGAGUCUUGCGCAAGCGAGCGUAA